AUGGUGUUUCUAUACGCUACCCUAAUAAUAAUUAAGAGAUCAGGCGAUUAUCACCUCAUAUAUAAAACUGAGCUUCUAACGUACUCUGAUUAUGGUAUAGGAUUAUCUGCUACACCAGCUGGUGUCAACAAUUUACCCUUAAUCUGGUAUAAGGAUGGCGAUUCAAAUGAUUAUCAAAAAUACGUUAACGCAAUCGACGAACUUCUAUCUGCCAACAUAAGAAAACGUGACGCUAAAAACUUUUCUAAUUUAGGUCCUUGCGGGCGCUCACCAUACGGUUAUGGAGAUAAACCUUGCGUAAUUAUAAAAAUUAAUAAACAGCUUGGAUGGUCAGUUAAACCAAUGGAUUUAAACACUACAAAUGUUCAAAAUGUAAAUUCAACAAAUUUUCAAAAUGUUCCUGCAAAAUUAAAAGAAUUAUUGAAAUUUGAACAAAGAAAACUUUUAUUAAAUUGUGACGGUUAUCACCAAUACGAUAAGGAGCAUGUUGGCAAAAUUUCUUACUUUCCAGAUCCACCAGGUAUUGAUGCAAAUAUAUUUCCUUUGGAUAUGCAAGAUAAUUCACCGUUAAUAGCAAUACAAAUCUCUCACUUCACGCUUGGUAUAUCAAUAGCAAUCGAAUGUAAGCUAUGGUACGAGGGUGGCCCAUCAUCAGUUCAAUUUUUGCUUUAUGUCUCACCAAUGACCACUGUUGUAUAA